AUGCCCCAUCCCAUCUCCUUCCAAACCCUAACCAAAUCCUCAACUACUCGGCUGCUGCUCCAACCUCCAAGCCUCCACGAGAUCCCGGCAAAUCCCCUCCGCCUUUCGUCACCUCUACUCUUCUCCACCUCCCUCCUCAACCCUACCAAAAACCCUCACGUCGCCGUCUCGUCAUUGCUUGACGACCUCUCCCUCCGCCACACCGCCCACACGAGGCUCCAAGCCACCACCGCCGGCCGACUCCCAUUUUUGAUUAUCCUUUCCAUGAAGCGAAGAGCAAACGAGAAAAGAAAAAAGAGGGAGGGUAAAGAUCAGCCAGGUCUCGUGGUGCUAGUAGUAGUUCCAAUCGAGGUAGUGAGAUUGGUGCAGAUCGUCAAUAUGGGCGCGGUCCUUCAACACAACUCUUCAUUGCAUGGGAACACGACACACAAGAAAGAAAAUUUGAGCGACGCUGGAAGUCUGUAA